AUGGAGAACAUCUCAGAGGUGACUGAAUUUAUUCUCGUGGGGUUGACAGAUGCACUAGAGCUGCAGAUCCCACUAUUUAUAAUCUUCACUCUCGUUUACUGCAUCACUGUGGUUGGGAACUUUGGGAUGAUUUUGUUGAUUGUGUUGGACUCUCGUCUUCAUACUCCCAUGUACUUUUUCCUCAGUAACCUCUCCCUUGUAGACUGUGUUUAUGCCUCAGCUGUCACUCCCAAGGUGAUGGUGGAAUUUCUCACAGGAGACAAGAUAAUUUCCUAUAAUGCCUGCGCUGUCCAGAUGUUCUUCUUUGCAGCCUUUGCCACUAUUGAAAGUUUCCUCCUGACUACAAUGGCUUUUGAUCGCUAUGCAGCAGUGUGCAAACCCCUGCAUUAUACCAGCACCAUGACAAGUACUGUGUGUGUUCUGUUGGUUACUGGUUCCUACCUCUGUGGACUGUCACAGUCUUCCAUUCACGUUGCCCUCACUUUUCAGCUCUCUUUCUGCCGUUCCAACGUGGUGAAUCACUUUUUCUGUGAUAUUCCCCCACUGCUGGCCCUCUCUUGCUCUGAUAUCCACACAAAUGAGAUUGUCCUCUUCACCUUGGCAGCUUUCAAUGUCUUUUUUACUCUCUUUGUUAUCUUGAACUCUUACCUCUUCAUAUUUAUUGCUAUCCUGAGAAUGCGCUCAGCUGAGGGACGAAAGAAGGCCUUUUCCACCUGUGCUUCCCACCUCACCACUGUGUCCAUCUUCUAUGGGACAAUCAUCUUCAUGUACUUACAGCCCAGCUCCAGUCACUCCAUGAGCACAGACAAAAUAGUAUCCGUGUUCUACACCAUGAUCAUCCCCAUGCUGAACCCUCUGGUCUAUAGUCUGAGGAACAAAGAGGUCAAAAGUGCCUUCAAGAAGGUUGUUGAAAACAUAAAGUUUUCUUUGGGGUUAGUGUAUUAA